AUGGACUGUUGUCGGAACCACUCCUGUUUCGCCCUGGAGAUCCUGGCGGUGGAGGAGGGAAGCCGGCGGAAGCAGCUGCAGUCGGCCCGCUCCAUCGAUGAUGAAUAUACCCCGACUAUUUUUGAGAUGGUCCAACUCAUCUCCGAGCCCCUCAACCACAGUCUGGGCUCCAGCUUCCUGCAGUGGAAGGCGGCCGCCUACAGCUCUAAAAAACCCCAUCGGGAAGACACCGUCCACUGUCAGUAUUACCCCCUCCAGGCAGUCGGCACCCUCGGUCCCGAGUUCAGGAUUCUCCGAGCUUACUUUGGGGAAGACGUCGCAAGACGCUGCAGCCUCUCUGCCCUUAAUAUCUCCUUUGGCAGCGAGGACAAUGAAGCCUACAAGGAAAAGGGCUACUUGAGCUGGUCUGCCUUGGUGGGCUUUGGGGAGCCCCAGAGAGAGGGCUUCUCCCUGCUGGUCAUCGUGAUCCUUGCCGUGGCGCUGGGCACGCCGGUGGUACUUCUACUGGUGGGGAGCCUGGCGAUGCUCACCAGACAGCAGAAGCCGUGUUCGGACUACGACCCCAUCAACUGACCGGAAAGCCCGAAGCGGCCGCAUCUCCGGAAACCGAAUUAACGGACCACCGAGCUUCCUUUGGCGAUUUUGGCAAAGGUGUCCGUCUCGGCUGCCCCCGUGGGGUGGGGUUUCUUUAUACUUUUGCCCCCAAAGGGGGCAGAAUUCAUCUCAACAAGAAAAGGAAAUCAGGGUUGUGGAAGAUGGGACAUGUUCUCCGUUGCUUC